AUGGCCAACCAAGUCACAUCUCAAUCCAAAUUACAGAGCACCACGUCAAUCACUGAAAAGAAGCCAGCGGGAACAGGUUCCCCCAUCGCCACAAUAUCAGCAAAAUUUGACGCCAAACAGCAGCAACCACCACCCGUUCCACGAAGGCCAAAUCACGCGUCGCGAUCCUCAAGCACCUCGUCAAAGCGGAUAUCUGCUGUCGCUGUCCCUAUAGAACCCUCGGUCAAGCCAUUCGAGGAUUACUCUGCUGUGCCAGGAGCCCUCAGAAGAUCCCUUUCUUUCAAGAUCCCCAUUCGAGUCGCAACCGACAACCUUUCACCAGCCAACCGCUCUCGUGCUCAGUCACUACCACAGGAACACCAAUCUGACGAUCCCAGUCAUCAACACCAUCACCCAAAACGAGGCUCUCUUUCAUCGAUAGGGGAGAAAACGACCGCAGAGGCCCCAAAAGAACCGCAAGCCACCAGCCCGACACUUUCGAUCAAAUCACUUUCAGAGCAAUUUCUGAAAGAACGUGGCCUACUCAACUCCGAACCAGUAGACGAAACAAGCUCACCUGAGGAGCUCCAGCAUUCAUUGCAAGAUCAAGUUGUCAGAUAUCUAACCACAAUGUCUUCCCCAGCAAAGACCCCAGCGGAAGAGCAGUCUCGUGCGCCUGCCUAUCCCACAUCCUACCCACCAGCCAACACAGGGAUGAGGGGAAACAUGCCCGCACCAGGCCUCCCUGUCCCCAUGCCCAACCUGUCUGGCACCGCAAAUGGCCCUGUUGGUAACCUGCUCAGAGGUCCUGUUGAUGAGAACGGGAAGUUGACCAAAGCUGCUCUGAUGGUUGGCAUCAAGUUGGACCUGGAAGCCGAGGUUCACUUGACUGCUCGCGUCCGUGGUGACAUCCUUGUUGGUUUAUACUAA